AUGGCGAAGUACAUGCGCAUCCUGCGUCUCAUCAGGAUCACGCGGGUAGUGCGAUCUGUCCGAGUCUUUUCAUGUUUUGACCCUCUCCACCUGAUGGUCACUGCGAUCGGCAGAAGCCUGUCGGCAUUCUGCUUCUCUGCGAUGUUGUUGUUAAUGGUCCUUACAGUUUUCGCCAUGACUUUAUCGCAGUACUUCCGUAUCGUGUAUUUAGAAGGGCAGUCACUCCUGACAGAGGACGUCAAGGUAAAGCUCUUUACGUAUUUUGGGACCUAUUCACGAUCCAUGUUGUCAAUGUUCGAGCUCACGCUCGCGAAUUGGCCAGAGAUCUGUCGCUUUUUGGUUGAGGAGGUCCAUGAGGGUUUCAGUGCCUUCUGCCUGAUAUUCAAGCUAUCAAUCGGAUUCGCCGUCAUCGGCGUUAUCAAUGGCGUGUUCAUUCAGCAGACAUUCUCCGCUGCACAGAGCGACGAGCUGAUCAUGGUGAGAAAGCAGAUCAGGGAGGUACAGCAGCUUGAGCAUCGCCUCGCCCGUUUGUUCAAAAUGGCUGAUAUCAACAAUGACAGCCUUCUGACGAGGAGCGAGCUUGGCUUCUUGUUGCAGAAGCGGUCCAUUCGCUUGUGGCUUGAGGCCAUGGAGAUUCCGUGCACGGACAUCGGCAUCCUCUUCGACGUCGUCGGCAAAGGGAAGGCGAAGAUCACCGCGGAGGAAUUUAUCUCUGGCAUCACGCGCCUGAAGGGAGGAGCUCGCAACAUCGACAUGCUCAGCCUGCUCGCCAAGCUGGUCGCCGUCGAUCGGCAGCACUGCCGCGAGAAGGAGGAAGAGGCAGCAGCACCGUGCCAGGCCAGGGCCACCCUGGGCCUCACGGCGGUGUACAGACUUGCCUGGCUUGGCCAGGAGGGCGUGUGCCCUGCCAGGGCCCUGCAGUCGCCCUCUCAGUGUGGUUGUUUUGCAGUUCUCGGCGUCAAGCCCAUCCGUGAUUUUUACGCCACUGUGCCUCUGCAAGUGGAAUCCGCUUUGCUUUCGUCGAGCGCCUGGUCCCUGAUGCAGGGGUGUCGGCGCGCAAAAGUCGGGCGCAUGGCGUGCAGGUAGUUGCGAUGCCCAGACUGUAGAAGCCGAUGCUCAUGGUUCUAGUGCUCAGUAGUUGCAUGUUUGGCGAGGUGUCUGCAGCGUGUGAAACUGGUGCCCAACAGCAGAUUCGGCCACAAAGGCUGGCCUGGCGUCGAAGAGCCUUUCAUUCACGCCGAUCCGGUUGGCUGGUUGUCUUUGACAGGGAAUCCCACAGCAUGUUUGUUAGAGGAUGUGCGGGGUCGAUACCAGUUGGGCUGGCAUGAUAUGAGUUACCGUAUGGAGAUCACGGGUGAGCAGAAUAGUGUGUAAAUUGCAAAUCGCUUGGGGCGAUCCAUAACCCCGUUGGGGGGCUAGAGUUUAAUUCCUUGGAAAAAAGGUUUCCUGCCUGCGCUCCGCGGUCUAGUCUGCGGCGGGGAUUCACACUGCACCCUGCACGAGCCUCUCUCCUCCCUCCUCCCUUCUCCACCU